CUUUCUACAACACAGCAUGAAGAGUUUUAGCAUCGCUUUUAUCCUGGUUUUCCUAAUACUACAAGUCCAGGGUAAAUGCAAUUUGCCCAUCCCAGAAUACCUUCACCCUCUAUGUGGGAUUGCUAGAGAGUGUGUUUUUGAUGGGGGCAAUGAGGUUGACAUCACAAAUCAAUCUUGUAGACGUAGAGAACAAGGAAAACCACCAUUUUUGAAAAUUGAAAAUGGAUAUUGUGAAUCGAACCAAACUCAAUGUCCAAGAUACCCUUAAAAUAAUGAAUGUGUUUCUCCAAUAAUCUAUAAUGUUAUGUAAUUAAAAGAAAAUGUUCCGGUAUUUACUCUGAGGAUCUUUAAAAAUCUUGUAGCACGUCUAAAAUGCUUAAUCUCAUCUUAAAUUUUGUACCCUAAACACCAUUAUGAGGGCUAUGGGUUUUAUUUUUAUUUUAUGUGAGUUUCUGUACUGUUAAGAAGAAAUAAACCAAUUCUUUUUUGCCAAAUACAGCUAUUAAAAUAUUAGAAACAAUUAGCAAAAGUGA